AUGACGCACGCCAGCCUACCCACGCUGUUGCUGCUCCGCCCACACUCCAUUGCUUCACGCAUCAGCACGCGCCCACGCGCUAUGUUUUCACGCACCAGCGCCGCCACGCUGUUCUCUGCAUCGCCACGCUUACGCUGCUGCACACCAGCACCACCCGCUGUGGCUACGCACGCAAGCCGCACCCACGCUGUUCUUCUGCACACCAGCUGCACCAUGCUGCACCAGCACCACCACGCUGUGCUGCACGCACUAACACCACCCACUGCUGUUAACUCACGCACUAACCCGCCCACGCAGGCUGCACUGCACCAGCACCGUGCGCGCUUUGCUUUCUGCACGCCAACACCACCACGCUUAUUCGCUUGCGCACGCAGCCACGCCCACGCUGUUGCUGCACUAACACCACCCACGCUGUUUCCAUCUCGCAACACGCCGCCCACACGCAAUUCUGCACCAGCACCACCACUCGUUCAGCACGCUCUGCACGCGCACUCGGCACCACCACGCUGUUGCUGCGCCGCGCAACGCCACCCGCACGCAGUGUUUUCACCGCACCAGCACCCACGCUUGGUAUACUCAACGCCACUCGUUAACACACUCAACACCGCCCACUUUUUGCACCAGCACCACCACGCUGUGCUGCACGUCAGCGCCACCCACGCGUGCUGCACGCACCAGCUUUGCCACGCUGCACACCAGCACCACCCACGCUUAUGCACAUCAGCACGCCACCCGCGUGCUGCACACCAGCACCACCCACGCUGCUGCACGCAUGCACCACCCAUGAUGCUGCGCACACCAGCACGCCACCCACGCAGUAACUGCACACGUCAGCACCACCCACGCUUGUAUGCACGCCAGCACGCCACCCACGCUUGUGCUGCGCACGCAACACCGCCACGCUUGUGCUGCACUGACGCCACCUGUUCCUCUGAGCUUGAGCUGUUGCGCGCCAGCCGCCACCAGCAGUGGCUACGCCGCAUAACCUGCCACCCGCGUUUUGCGCAGGCACGCCGCCACAUCGGUUGCUGCUCGCGCCAGCACCGCCCACGCUGGUGCUGCGCGCCCAGCACCGCCCGCAUGUUGCCAGCCUGCCACGCUGUUGCUGCACCAACACCACCCACGCGCUGUGCUGCACCAGCACCUCCCACGCAGUGUUCGCACACACCAACACCACCCACGCUGUGCUGCACGCAUACACCACCCACCCCUGUUCCACUCAUAUCGCCACGCAUCUGCACGCCAGCACCGCCACUUGUUUCCACUCACCAACGCCACCCACGCUGUGGCUGCGCAUCAACCCCGCCACGCGCGCGUGCAUUCUUUUCACCCACGCUUUCAGUGCUACGCAAUCGCCACCCACGCACCAUGGUUUCUGCAACCGCUGAACCUGCGCCUGACCACUCCGCUUUCGUUCUGCCGCACUGA